GGCUGCUGCUGCUCUUCUUCCUCUGGCGGAGGGCUGGGCGGCAGGGAUGCCGGUGGCUCUCGGAGGCAGCAUGGGCUCCCGCUGGCUCCUGCUGGCCCUGGCGGCCCUGGCCUCCUCCUCCUCCGCCGGCCCCCCAGUGUGCUGUGAAUCUGACCCCCCUGAUGUGGUGUUUCUGCCGGCUGAAAUGGAAGUGCUCAGUGGUCCAGAGAAUUUCCGUCUUCAGCGUACAGAUCGAUACCUGCCAGGAAAUGCCUCUCUCAGUUCCCGCUUGGAGUCCUUCCUCUUCCUCCAUCGUCAACUCACAGGGAAGGCCACCAUCCAAGCUACCUACCAGCCUUUCACUGCCCAGCAGGCAGUACCAGUCGAUGACUCCCGAUCCAUUGAUGCCUCUGUUUCCUGGGACAUUCGGGCUGUGUCCAUUGAGGGUACAGUGUCUCCCUAUGAGCCAUACACCAGAGUCCUCUUUCAUCUCCAGGGGCAGGACUGGAUGUCAGAAAAGCAUCCCCUGCCAUGCGUCACCCUAUAUGUCUUUCACCAGGCCCAGGUAGUUCAUCGGGCCUGCCAUCUUCAGGAAGUGAAGGUGCCUAUCGACAAAGCAGAAGUUGCAGUGCCCUAG